GCCCCAGAGCGGUCUAGUCAGAGCGCUAUCACGGCCAGCACAGCGUAGUCGAAGCGAAGUGCGAUCUUCAACCAAAGUCGUCGUUUGUGUACACUUUCCGCGGAACACGUUAUUUAGUCGGAACGCGAUCUCCACAACAUCAGCGCAAUGCAAGUGCAGCGGUGGCUCGUGCGCAAUGUUUUGCUUCUCUCCGUCGGUGCGAUGCUGACGGUGCAAGGUUAUCCGGCCGAUCUCGCCCAUCACGGUGGCGCAGGCGGUAGCAGCAGCAGCAGUGGCAGCAGUGCAGGAAGUUCCUCCUUUGGGGCCGGCUUCCCGGCGCUGCCCCAGUUUGCGCCGUUCGGUCCGGGUCUUCAGUCACACCAGCCUCUGGUCGCCGGCGGAGGACACCACGGCCCCGGCUGGAGUCCGGACGUGUUCGGUAAGGCCGGUGGUCAUCCAGUAUUCCCGGUGCACGGUGGUGGGGGCAGUUCCAGCAGCAGCUCGUCCUUCUCGAGCUCGUUCUCGUCCGCGCACGACGGUCACUCCACCAGUGGUUCCAAUGCUCAGUCCCAGUCAAUGAGCCACGGCGCAGGCCACGGCGGUGGUGGCACCGGUAGUAGCGCCGGUAGCAGUGCCGGAUCGCAAUCUACCUCGCACGGUGGGCACGGGCACGGUCUGCACGGGUACGGUGAAACCGGAAGCGUCUCCGGAGCACAGUCGAGCAGCCAAACCCUUCAGCAGCACGGCCACGAUCACCAUCACCACGGUGGUUCGGGAAGUGGCGCCAACGCGCAGUCCCACUCGGUGGGGCAAGAGGAGCACGGACACCACGGACUGGUCGGUGGCAGUGCGGCGGGAGCGGGAGCACAAUCGCAAUCGCACCAAGGUCAUCAUCAUGGCGGUCAUCAGGGGCAGACGGGCAGUUCGGCCGGAGCGCAAUCACACUCGCAACAGGCCGCACCCGCUCACGGCCAUGGUCAUGAUGUGGGGGGCAGCGCGGCUGGCGCACAGGCCCAAUCGCAGUCGACCCAACAUGGCCACGGACUGCCCCAUGGAGUGCACCAGGGCGGCCACUCGCCGGGUCAUCACUCGACCGGACACCACACCGGGGACGGCUACGGAGUCCGAGUCAGCACCAACGAAUCGGAGGAUGGUGCCGUGAAGAAGACCGCAAGCGAAGCCUGGGUGUGGAAGGAUUAAGCGUAGCUCCGAAGCUCAUAUUUAUAUAUUCUCUAUGCAUGACACCGAGCAUGGCUCAAGAACUAAAUAAAUUCAUACAGAGAUACUAUG